AUGACCUUUUUGAGCAACGUCCCCGUUUCUGCAAUCCCGCCAUUCUCGCAGGAUGUCAACGAAAAACACCCUACAACCGUCACUAUCGAAGACGUCUGUUCCUCAAGUGACGAAAGCAUGAGAUUGGGAAAUGAGGAAAAAAGGGUCAACCCGAAAUCCGGCAUCUCUGAAGCAAAGCAGCAGACUUUCACUCCGCUUAUCUCAGAGCGAGCUGUGAACCAGCCACGCCCUCUUAAGGUUAUCUACAUCGGUGCCGGCAUCUCGGGAAUUUUAGCUGCUAUUAAAUUCCGUGAAGCCGUGCCUGGACUGGACCUGACAAUUUAUGAGAAGAAUCCUGAGCUAGGAGGGACUUGGUAUGAAAAUCAGUAUCCGGGCUGUGCAUGUGAUGUUCCGUCACACGUGUACCAGUUGAGCAUCGAGUCCUGGACAGGCUGGAGCAAAUUCUUCUCCGGCGCAGAUGAAAUUCGAGAGUACUGGAACCGAGUAUCUCAGAAGUACGAUGUUCGGAAGAACAUCAAGUUCCAGAAUCGCUGUGUUGGAGCACGCUGGAAUGACACAACAGGGAAAUGGUUUGUGCAGAUCUUCGACGAGAAAACCGGAUCAGUGUUUGAAGAUUCCGCCGAUAUUUUCAUGACGGGAACUGGACUGUUGAAUGAAUGGAAGUGGCCAUCCAUUCCUGGCCUCCAGAGUUUUAGGGGCAAGUUACUUCACAGUGCUUGUUGGGAUAACAGUUAUGACAUGACGGACAAAAACAUAGCUGUUAUUGGAGCUGGUAGCAGUGGUAUUCAGAUUGUGCCCGCUCUCCUGGACAAGGUCAAAAGUAUGGACCAUUACGUCCGCAGCAAGACCUGGAUCUCUAACCAGCUUGGCGGAAAGAUCUUAUCAUCACGCACAAACGGCAAGGGAGGAAAUUUUGCUUAUACCGACGAGGAAAGGCAGGCCUGGCAAAGCAAUCCUGCCUCUUACAUUGAAUACCGCAAAGGGCUGGAGUUGGAGCUGCAGACGCUAUACUCCAAGACGCAAACAAGUAGUGCUCUCCAGGCCUCUUCUCGGGCUCAAUAUCAAGCGGACAUGGAGCGCAGGUUGAAGGACAAGCCGGAACUGCAAGAGCAUUUGAUUCCCGAUUUCCCUCCACUUUGCAAGCGUCUCACCCCGGGACCAGGUUACCUGGAGGCUCUGACUUCGCCCAAGGUGAAUGUCAUCACAACAGAUAUUGCUUCAAUUGAAGAGACUGGCGUUGUGACUUCUUGUGGCACGCACCGAGCGGUGGAUGCCAUUGUCUGUGCUACGGGCUUUGAGACAAACCCUGGAGGUGGAUUCCCCAUAAUCGGUCGACACGGAGUCAAUCUACGCGAUAAAUACAAGCACCGACCAGAAACCUAUCUCGGACUUUCGACCAAUGGAUUCCCGAAUUUCUUUCAAUCUCUGGGACCGAAUUCAUUCCAAGGUGCAGGAAGUCUACUCAUCACGAUGGAGCAAGUUCACAUCUAUGUUGCAGAGAUCAUCUCGAGGAUGACCUAUGAUAACAUAGGACUCGUCGAGCCGAAAGAAUCUCAAGUUCAAAACUUUACAAAGUUCUGUGAGAAGUACUUCGAGCGCACUGUUUACAGUGCUGAAUGCGCAAGUUGGUACAAAUCCUCGCCACCGGGAUCAACACUGGAAGAACGAAAGAAAGGCCGAGUCACUGCAUUGUGGCCUGGUAGCAGCCUACAUGCCCUGGAAGCUUUGAAGAAAGUCAGAUGGGAGGACUACAAUCUAAGUUCAUAUGAUGGCAAUGAUUUUGGUUGGUUUGGGAAUGGGUGGGUUUCGGGGGAGCAACAGCACGAGGUUGAUAGCGCAGGACUCAUCGGCUACCUGGACCGCACGGAAUUUGUGGAUGAUGUAGAUACGAAGGGUUCUUACGAUGCCUGA